AUGUUUGAAGCAGUAAAUUUACGCUCCACAGCUGUUGCUCUCUUGUUUGCUGUUUUCGUCGGUGUUACGAGGUAUCUACUCCGGAAGACAGCGACUAGGAACAGCCCGCCGUUCCCCCCUGGUCCUCCACAGCUGCCUAUAGUGGGAAAUGCCCUCGGAAUCGACUCUGCUGCCCCUUGGAUUACUUACAAGCAAUGGGGAAAUACCUAUGGUGACAUCAUAUACUCUCGUCUCUUCAACCAGGAUAUCAUCGUUAUCAAUUCGGAGAAAAUAGCAAAAGACCUCUUGGAAAAGCGCUCGACCAACUAUUCAGAUAGGCCCUUUAUUAUUACUAUAGAAAUGUUUGGUUGGACUUUCAAUUCCGCAUUCUUGCGCUAUGGGCACAAGUGGAGACAACACAGGCGAUUAUUCCAUGAACAGUUGAGGCCCGUUGCGGCACUUUCCUAUCGUCCUUUGCAUAUGCAAAAAACACACCAACUGCUCAUCGAUAUACUUGAAGCACCUAAAGCAUUUGCACACCACUUACAAGCAAUGACUGCUUCCACUAUCAUGUCGAUCAUAUAUGGUUAUGAAAUCGAGCAUUGGAAUGAUCCCCUCGUGGCAGUUAUUGAGGAGGCUGCAGCGCGAGGCUUUGAAGUUGUGACACCUGAGGCAUCUGCCGUCCUGGUUUUACACCUUCCAUCUUGGUUUCCUGGAGCAGGCUUCAAACGACGAGCACGAAAAUGCUAUAAAAUAACAAACGAGAUGAUAGAGAGGCCAUUUCUACAUACAAAAAAGCUCAUGGAUUCUAAUAGCGCCCCAACUUGUAUGGUCACCAACCUGUUGAAUCGAAUAAAGGGUGAGGAUAACUAUGACGAACUUGAAAAAGUCAUCAAAAGUGUCGCUUCUACUUCAGUUAUUGGUGAGGACACUAUCCUUACACUUCUAGUUUUAACACUCUUUUCUACAAUUUGCUUUCUGUCAGCGGCAUCAGAGACUACCACCUCCACUCUCCUCAUCUUCGUCCUUGCAAUGGUACUUUACCCGCAUGUUCAAGUUCGGGCGCAAGCAGAAAUCGAUUCCUUUAUAGGCAAGGAAAGGUUACCUACCUUCGAUGAUCGCCAUUCCUUGCCUUAUGUAGAAGCUGUGGUCCGUGAGACACUUAGAUGGCAACCUGUUGGACCUUUGGGUGAGUUAAAAAGAAUUUUCUUAUUUAAUUUUUUUUCAGGAGCAACUGUGGUCGCAAAUGCUUGGGCAAUGUCACGCAAUGAAGCCAAGUAUCCCAAUCCCUCGGAAUUCAUUCCAGAGAGGUUUUUUACUGCUGAGGGCAAGCUCAAUGACGACAAGGUCAAUUAUGCGUUCGGAUUUGGUCGGCGUAUUUGCGUUGGUCAAAACCUAGCUGAUGCAGCUGUAUGGGCAGCUGUAGUUUCAAUUCUAGCGGUUUUCAAACUUAUAAAGGCAAAGGAUGAUCAAGGGAUCGAAAUUGAUAUUGAGCCACAAUGA